AAUACUGAUUUGCAUUUUUGUACCAAAACAAACAAACAUAUACUUUUAGUAAAAUUAAAGUUAAUUAAUUUACAUUUUCUAUGGCCGGUCAUGGUAUAUAUAUAUAGAUCGUCUUAAUGUAAAAGACACAAGUGUGAUAACAAUGGAUGAUGUUACUAGAGUCGCAGCUAAACGUGAAAUCGACGAGUCGCUGAUGUUAAGCACAUUCAGUAUGCGUCGUAUCGGAUUAUCGUUUGAUGAAGCUUUAACUGCCGGCGCUUAUUUUCGUCAGAAACUUAUUUUUAUAGCGUCUGUUUGUGGAAUUUUUGCUCAUGUUUUCUCUGAGUUAGUAAACAUUAUUCUCACCUUCUACAACUCGCCACGUGUGGAGGACGUUGUUCCUCUUUUACAUACGUUCGGUUACGGCGCUCUGAGUAUAGCUAAAGUAUUCGUUUUGUGGUAUAAAAAUAAGGUAUUCGGUGAGUUGAUUGAUGAACUGGCAAGUAUAUGGCCCAUGCCCCCCAUUGAUGAGGAUGCAUUGAUUGUAAAAAAGAAAAGCGUAGCAGCUCUUCGAAUAAGUCAUCGCUGGUACUUCGGUGUUAAUGUUGCAGGAGUGUGGUUUUACAAUGUGACGCCUAUUGUGAUAUAUUUUUACCAGCUUUGGCAAGGACACGAUGCCCAAAUUGGUUUUGUCUGGGUGUCUUGGUACCCUUUUGAUAAAAAUGAACCCAUUGCUCAUGUUGCGGUUUACCUAUUCGAAAUCUUCGCUGGUGUUACCUGCGUAUGGAUAAUGGUAUCGUCUGACUUACUGUUCUCUGGGAUGGCAAGUCAUAUCGCGCUUCUAUUGCGUAUACUUCAACGCCGCCUGGAAUCUCUUGGCACCACAGACAAAACUGACGACGAAGAUUAUGAAGAUAUUAGAUCAAACAUCAAACUGCAUCAAAGAUUAAUGAGUUAUUGUAGUAACUUGGAAGAUGCAUUUUCUCUCGUUAAUCUCAUAAACAUUGUUAUGAGCUCAAUUAACAUUUGCUGUGUCGUUUUUGUAAUUGUUCUCCUAGAACCAAUAAUGGCGGUAAGCAACAAACUAUUUUUGGGUUCCGCGUUGAUACAAGUGGGAUCAAUGUGUUGGUACGCAGAUGAUAUUUUUCAUGCGAAUGAAAACAUUGCCGCAGCAAUAUGUAACACCAAUUGGUACAAGAUGAGUCCUCGUUGUCGACGAGCCCUGUUAUUCUUUAUUGCAAGAUGCCAAAAACCGAUUGCAUUUACAGCUAUGAAAUUCACCAACAUUUCACUCGUUACAUAUUCAUCGAUUCUGACAAGAUCAUAUUCGUAUUUCGCUCUACUUUACACAAUGUAUAAUGACCGUUAAGAUUGUUUUUAUUGAUGCUUUUUUCUAUUUCUAAGCUUUUAUUUUACUUUUCCUUUAUUAAUUAACCCGUGAAAUAUAAUAAAAAAC